GGUGGUGAGAAUUAGUAGAAGGGUCCACUCGCACCGUCGGUAAGGUGCCGUACUUACCUAUGGAGCUAGGCGAAGCGAAACGACAAGGUCCGACCAAAGAUCGGCUUGGGACGCAUCAAUGGUAAGUCGCAAUUAUAUUGUUUCGGGGUAAGGUGAGAUUGUUCGUAUAUUACCGUGGUAGUCCCCUCAUUUCGCAGUAUAUACCUAGGUAUCCAGGGCUACCUAGUAGAAAGCUAAUAGAAAUAGGUAUAAGUAAUGCGGCACAGCUGAGUUUUUUAUUUUCAGCCCGAGGUCACCAACCUCUCUGCCGUGGCUCUGACGGCGAAGAAUAUUCUACCCCGCAUUCUUGAUAUAGAUAGAUCUGUAGAUGCAUUGGAACGUUCAGGGACUCUUGGGACCUUCCAUGUUGCUUACCCAGAACCAAUGAGCGUGUGGGAGGCAUUUGUUGAGCGCUGAGUGUAGUCCUCUACCCACCAAUCACUCUUAUCUGAGUAACCUAAACACAAUUAGCUUCUACUACUAUCUUACAAUGACGACCGUCGUUCCGGUAGGAGUAUCUGAGAAGUUGCACUUAGCCGACGAUGAACUCGGACCUGAUGAGGAAAGGAUUGAUAAUGCGAUCCCUCCUCUCGGAAAGCCUGAAACGCACAGGCGAUUUUGGUUCCAGAAGUCGAAACAUCGCAAUCCAGACGACAUCGCGACUCAGCCGAGCGUCUACGAUAACCCAGACAUAGCGGCCCAAUAUAAGCCUCAUGAUGACUGGGAGAACCUUCAUCGAUUCGAUCCAAGGGCGCGAUGGACUUGGGCGGAAGAAAGUAAACUUGUCCGGAAGAUCGAUUUUCGCAUCAUGGUCUGGACGGCGCUCAUGUUUACGGCGAUGGAGUUGGACAGAGCCAACCUUUCUCAAGGGUUGACCGAUAACUUCUUGGAGGAUAUGGGAAUGACCACGAACGACUAUAAUCUCGGAAACACGGUCUACGCCGUGUGUUUCUUGGCUGGCGAGUUCCCAGCGCAACUGUUGGCAAAGUGGCUCGGCCCCGAUAGAUGGAUCCCUUCUCAGAUUUUAUUGUUCUCCGUCGUCUCAGCAUCGCAGUUUGCCCUCAGUGGUCGACCAUCGUUCCUCGUUUGUCGCGCGCUGCUGGCAUUUCUGCAAGGAGGCUUCAUCCCAGAAUGUGUUUUAUACCUUUCUUAUUUCUAUAAGCACCACGAAUUAACUAUCCGACUUGGCUUCUUCUGGACCGGUAUGAUGAUGGCAGAUAUAUUAGCUGCUGUCAUCGCGUUUGGGCUACUCCAUAUGCGAGGAGUUGAGGGUCGCUCGGGUUGGCGGUGGUUAUUCCUUAUUGAGGGGCUUGUUACUGGAAUUGUUGGUAUCCUAUCGUACGUCAUGAUGCCGCCAGGUCCAACUCAGACGGCAGGUUGGUCCCGAGGAAAGAAUGGAUGGUUCACCGCACGUGAGGAAACAAUCAUGGUCAAUAGAAUCAUCCGAGACGACCCUAGCAAAGGAACGAUGCAUAACAGACAACCCAUCACACCGAAACUCUUAUGGAAGAGUUUGACGGAUGUAGACUUAUGGCCACUCUAUUGUAUCGGGUUGACCUUUAACAUCCCAACCUUUUCGCCACAACAAUACCUUAACAUCUCACUAAGGGGUCUCGGCUUCAGUACAUUCCAGACGAAUCUUCUGUCGAUUCCAUAUCUUGUUCUAAAGAUUAUUAAUAUGAUGGCUCUUUCUACUCUCGCGGAAUACACUGGACAGCUUGCUGCAUGCGCGUCAAUUUUUCAAGUUUGGUGCCUACCAUUCCUGAUAUACUUGCGAGUUGUUGAUACCACAAAGGUAUCGAAAUGGUUAACGUGGGGAAUGAUUUCACUAUUGCUGGCAGCGCCUCUUGGUCAUCCCGUACAAGUCGGAUGGAUCUCUCGAAAUUCGAAUACGGUUCGUUCGCGAGCGGUCGGCGCGGCCCUCUAUAACAUGUUUCUGCAAUCAGGAGUUAUAAUCUCGUCGAAUAUAUAUCGAUCCGAUGACGCCCCGCUUUAUAGACGAGGCAACUCGGUAUUAAUCGGGAUACUAAGUCUAAACUUGGUACUUUAUGCGUUGGCAAAAACAUAUUAUGUCUGGCGUAACCGCGUGAGGGACCGCAAAUGGAAUUCCAUGACGGCGGAAGAGCAGUUGGUUUAUCUGGCGGACCAUCAGGAUGCCGGUAAUAAGAGACUGGACUUUAGGCUUGCCUCUUAAAGUCGCGGGACUCUUAGGUCUGAAGAGCAUCUGGUGAAUUUGAUAGGAGGCUCGCUUCUUGUACGUAUCUCAAUUGUCAGAGCAUUUAUCGUUCUAGUAUUUGU